CUUUUUGACACAAAAAUUCCAAGUAUCUGGUUCAGUUCAACACGUCUUGUCACGUCACUUGCACGCUAUAAAUUUCAAUCACCUGGUGGUUAGAUUAGCAUCAGCGGACGUCGCCAAAAAGCCUUUGUUCGUAAAAAUGAAUACAAAUUGUAGGCAAGGGAAAGUCGAGGUUAUUGAUCACUCGUUAUUAUCUGAAUCUAGUCGAAAUGUUUAUCCACAGCUUAGUAAUGAUCAGAAGGUCGAAAAGGAUUCUCAGGCUCAGAGUCACAGUAUUUUGAGUAAUUAUUUCACUGAAGAAAUAACGGACGAUCCUUUUGGUUCUGUCUAUGACUCAAGUGCUAAUGAAUCGCCCGAAUCAACAGACAAUCCUGGUAUAUCAAACUGCGCUCAGUUGGAGCUUAAACAAGAUGUAACCAGUUUAAAUCGUCUAAGACAACGAGAUGCUUGGUUACCUUCUGAAUCUACUCAAAAAGCAUUAUUGAGUCCAAGUCCCAAAAACAAGUUAGUUGAGAUAAAACCUAUUCUCAUGGGCAAUGAUUAUGAAAUUGGCGGUAGUGGUAGCAAUUAUGCUUUCGACCCAUUCUAUUAUUUGUUGGCUCAGUAUGCAAGUGAUGAACCAAACGUUAAUGCAAUCCGACGGGCUCCAUCUAUCGAACUAAGGAGUGAAAGUGGCGAUGAUCUCAAAAAAUUAAUUAACAACGGAUGGUAUACUUGCGCACUGAAUCUUACUUAUCGUAUUCUUUCAGCUGCAGGUUUUAAGAAUGAAGAAACUGAAGCUAUUUUGUCUCCGUAUACUGCUCAGAUUUGGUUGAGUCGAUUGGCCUUAUUAGUGCGUACGCAAAAUUAUGAGUUAGCUGAACAUGAAUUUGCUACUUUUAAUAACAUGGAAGCACCGAAUUUCUAUUUUGAAUAUUCUCCCCAAAGAUAUCCUGGACGGGCAGGUUCUAUCAUUCCAUUUUCUUUAAGACUACUUCAUGCUGAAUUGCCAUCUCAUUUAAAUCGUACAAAUGAAGCAUUAGAUCGUCUUUAUUACUUACUAGCUAUUAUUGGUCGAAUUCAAAGUAAUUUAGAGAAAGGCUUUAGAGAGGAUGGUUCGAUAAGUGAACCAGAUCUUGUUUACCGACAAGCCUCAUUAAAUUUAUGGACUGCUCGUAAAAUUCGGGUACUUUCCAGCUGUCUAUCAAUAUUUCUGCAUAAGUUAGAUUAUCAAUCAGCACUAAAUAUAGUACGCCAAUUAACACAUCUAUGUAGUGAUGAUCAGGUUGUGCUUAGAGGAUUCUGUAGUCUACUUGGUCGUGUUCAUUUGCAGGUAGGUAUUUUUUUAAUAAGAAGGGCAUUAACAGUAUCGACUCUGUCUACCGUUGUAACUGUUGUACUGAGGGUUAAGUAGCUUUAUCUUUAAUAUCAUUCAAAAAUAGGCAAAUAGAGUGGUCGCUUUUGAAAUUGAUUGAAAUGUUCCGAAAGCCAACUAUAUUCUCGAAUAAAAGACAGGAAAGGUUGAUAAACCUCAUUUAGUACUGAAUUAUUUUGAUUAAGCCAUACUAAGGCAUUUCGACAUUCUUAUCACAAAACACUCGUUAAACUGUCUCCAGCGUUCAGGUUCUCAUAACCCUUGGAAUGUCUCACGAACAAGCCGUGCUAAAUGAAGAAAACGUUGGUGACAAAUACAUUAGUAGAAAAUAAAAUGGCUCUUAGCGCUAUAAAGAGAUCUGUAACAUUAAAAGGAUAAGCGUCAUGAAAUAAACCAGCUGCCGAAAAAUCCCUAUUUAUACUUGUUAAAUAAAAAGUCUUAAUUUAAUCGUUCCUCCUAUAUCUAGGUUGACGGAAGUGACACUUAUAUACUCAGAACACAGGUACAUUUAACUGGCAUUUGUUCAAAACCAAUCCAAAGAACAGAUGUUUCGAAUAUCAUAAAUGCGUUCCAAGCAUUACACAAUUCAGUACUAUGUGGUGUCUGUCGUAUCAUCCGUUUAAACUUACUUUUUGAAGAUCAGCCAUUGAAUAGAUACAGUUUUAACCAUUUCUUCUAAGAUAUGUUGAUUAAAUUUUUCUUUUGUACCCUUCUGUUAUUAUACUUGUUCGUGAAAUAAUUUACCUUCUAUUCUAAGUGAUUCAGCUAUGGUAACUUGCUAAGGUAAGUUACCCACUGUUCAUCACCAUCUUCCGUUACCCAUAAGGAUAGUAAAGAAUUCUCUUCAUAUUUACUAUUGUAUAUAUUAUGUCGUCAGUAAUCGGUUACAUAUCUAUUGUAAUUAGCAUGAUAUUUCCAGUUGUCUGGAUGUUUCCCAUAUUCCACCUGUGUACUUACUUACUUACUUCCGCCUGUUACUCCCAAUGGAGCAU